AAUUCUGGAUUGGGAACAAAGAUGCUUAAAACUCCUGGAAAUUUUGGUUUGGAAAGACAGAGAUCUUGUAGCUCAAUACCUCCCAACACAGCAAACCAUGUGGAGGAGGGUCACACCGGCAUGGCGACAACUCGUCGGAAGCAGAUGUCUGGUCCUUCUUCUCCUGCUUUCCACCAUGGGGAUGACCAUGCGUGCGGCAGCUUUGUCGGCGGGCCAUGACGGCGAUGAGAGAGCUCUUGUGGCUUUCAAGGAAAAGGUCUCCGACCGUUCCGGGGUGCUGGCAUCCUGGAACCAGAGUGUCAGCUACUGCACCUGGGAGGGCGUCAGGUGCAGCAAGAGACACCGGUCAAGGGUGGUCGUGCUGGACCUCCACUCCCAGGGGCUGUCUGGUACCAUCUCCCCCGCUAUCGGCAACCUCACGUUCCUCCGGUAUCUCGACCUGAGCAUCAACCCCUUGCACGGCGAGAUACCUCCCAGCAUCGGCUCCCUCCGCCGCCUCGAGUACCUCGGCCUGCAAAGGAACAUGCUCACUGGUGCGAUCCCAAUCAACAUUAGCCGCUGCACCAGCCUCAGGAGCAUGACAAUUGCUGACAACAAGGGGUUGCAAGGAAGCAUACCUGCUGAGAUCGGUGACAUGCCGUCUCUAAGUGUUUUACAGCUCUACAACAACAGCCUCACUGGGACCAUCCCGUCGUUACUUGGGAAUCUCUCUCAGCUGACCAAAUUAUCCCUGGCAGCUAACCAUCUCCAGGGAUCAAUCCCUGAAGGCAUUGGGAACAAUCCAAAUCUCGGCUUUCUUCAGCUGGCCAUAAACAAUUUCACGGGUUUGCUUCCUCUUUCGCUAUACAACCUGUCAUCUCUGCACAGAUUUUACAUGACGGACAACAAUCUGCAUGGCCGCCUACCAGCUGAUUUGGGGAGAAUCCUUCCUAGCAUGCAAGUGUUUGCGAUUGGGAAUAACCAAUUCGCAGGAUUUGUGCCUCCAUCAAUAACUAAUCUAUCUAGACUCCAGGCUUUCGAUGUUCCAAAUAAUAGAUUCAACGGGGUUUUCCCUUCAGCGUUGGGCAGAUUGCAAUACCUUCAAUGGUUUAAUCUGGUCGGGAACAUGUUUGAGGCAAACAAUGAGCAAGAAUGGCAGUUCCUUACUUCUUUGACAAAUUGCAGCAGGUUGCAACUGAUGUCCAUAGAACAAAACCGGUUUUCGGGGCAAUUGCCAACCUCAUUGUGUAACUUGUCCACCAACAUCCAAGAGAUAAAUAUUUUUGCUAACAAUAUAUCUGGUAUCAUCCCAUCAGAUAUUGGAAAUUUAAUAGGUCUUGAGGUGCUUGUUCUUGGCCGCAACUUGCUCGAUGGGAUCAUUCCUGAGAGCAUAGGGAGGCUUACACGAUUGAAGGAGCUAUAUCUGGGUUUCAACAACUUGUCAGGAUUUAUCCCAUCCUCCAUCGGAAACCUCACUGGUCUAUCCAAGCUUGGUGCAAGCUUCAACAGCCUGGAAGGACCGAUUCCAUCAAGCAUUGGAAGACUGACCAAACUUACACAGCUAGGUCUAUCCAGAAACCAUCUUACUGGCUCGAUUCCGAGCGAAAUUAUGCAGCUAUCAUCAAUCUCAAUAUAUUUAGCUUUGUCUUACAACUUGCUGAAGGGACCUCUUCCUUCAGAAGUUGGUAACUUGGUCAAUCUCGAAAAGCUCCUCCUAUCGGGGAACCAGUUGUCUGGUGAGAUACCUGCUACAAUUGGUGGCUGCGUAGUCCUGGAAACCCUCUUGAUGGAUGAAAAUUCAUUCGAAGGAAAUAUCCCUCCCAGUUUGAAGAACAUAAAAGGGCUUGCCGUACUAAACUUGACGAAAAAUAAACUGAACAGCAGCAUCCCAGAGGAUCUGAGAAAUAUUGCCAGCUUGCAGGAAUUGUAUCUUUCACACAAUGACCUAUCAGGAUCAAUCCCCAAACUACUAGGUUGUUCGACAUCACUGAUCCACCUCGACCUAUCCUUCAACAACUUACAAGGUGAAGUACCAAUAGAAGGGGUUUUCAGGAAUCUUACUGGAUUAUCAAUUGUCGGAAACAAUGAGUUAUGUGGUGGAAUACCACAGCUUCACCUGCCAAAAUGCCCAAGCCCUAAUAAAGGCUUGUCAAAGUCUCUGAGAAUAGCGGUCCUUACAACAGGAGGUAUCCUGGUCUUACUUGCAGCUUUUGCAAUAGCUGGAUUUCUUUACAGAAAAUUUAAGGCAGGACUAAAGAAGGAAUUAAUGCCACCUCAAUUGACCGAGAUUGACCUUCCCAUGGUUUCAUACAACAAAAUUCUCAAAGCAACAGAUGCCUUUUCAGAAGCCAAUCUGCUCGGAAAGGGAAGAUAUGGCACAGUAUACAAAUGUGCUCUAGAAAAUUUUGCCGCGGCUGUGAAGGUGUUUAAUCUGCAACAACCAGGAUCCUACAAAAGCUUCCAGGAUGAAUGUGAGGCACUAAGAAGAGUUAGGCACCGAUGCCUUGUAAGGAUCAUCACAUGCUGUUCAAGCAUCAACCACCAAGGUCAAGACUUCAGAGCACUAGUUUUCGAGCUCAUGCCUAAUGGCAGCUUAGACCGCUGGAUCCACCCAAAUAUUGAAACCCAAAACAGAAAUGGGACACUCAGCUUGUCACAGAGGUUGGAUAUUGCCGUUGAUCUUGUGGAUGCUUUAGACUAUCUUCACAAUGGUUGCCAACCUUCCGUCAUCCAUUGCGAUCUCAAGCCAAGCAACAUUCUUCUCACUCAAGAGAUGAGGGCUCGUGUUGGGGAUUUUGGCAUUGCUAGAAUUCUAAAUGAAGCUGCAAGCGAAGCUUCUGUGUGUUCCCUUAGCUCCAUUGGAAUAAGAGGCUCAAUCGGAUAUGUUGCACCAGAAUAUGGAGAAGGGCUUUCAGUAUCAACAUAUGGUGAUGUGUACUCCCUUGGCAACACUUUGAUAGAGAUGUUUACAGGAAGGUACCCAACAGAUGAUAUGUUCAGAGAUGGGCUAAGCCUGCAUUACUUUGCAGACGCAGCAGCUCUUCCUGAGAAGGUCAUGGAGAUAUCAGAUUCCAACAUCUGGCUGCAUGAUGAAGCAAACGAUAGCAAUGAUACAAAAUAUAUAACCGGAGCCAAGGAAUGUUUGGCUGCCAUCAUGCAGCUUGCUGUCCUAUGCUCAAAGCAAUUGCCCAGAGAGCGGCUGUCAACAAGCGAUGCUGCUGCAGAGGUGCAUGCUAUCAGAGAUUCCUACCUCAGUAAUCAGUGAUGAAGUGACGUCAAAUCAUAUCAAAAUACCAGAAACCACUAUCAUAUACCGAUUAAUAUGGGUUCUUCAAAUUUAUUCUUGAAGUCGGUACUAUAUUGUGAUGUAAACCCUGUCAACUGGUACUGUAUUCUUGAAUUGUUCACUGUCUACAUAUUAUCAUUUGCAACAGCAUUUGGUGUGGUCUAGGGUACAAAUAAAUAAGACAAUGGCGUACGUCUUCCAAAAGUUUAUUUCAGUCCAACCAUCCCUGAAUAAGUCAGCCUGUAACUGUGAGAGAUGAGUCUCAGCUUGCUUAUGAUUUAAUCUAGAUUUCACA